AUGCAAAUUUCUAGUUUUGCACUGUGCGGGAUUUCACUUUGUACGAUAACUUUGAUAAGCAUGGACAGAAGUCUUGCUUUACUGUUUGGACUCAGGUAUAGACAAAUCGUUACACUCAAAAGAGUCAGCAGCACUAUGAUUAUUUUCUGGAUCUUGCUUCUUUCAGUGAGCCUGCUCUACCUAUUGAAAGAGGAUGCUUUCAUGAUCACAUUCUGUGUGUUUGCACUAUUUUGUCUUGUAGUAUCGACGUUUAGCUUCUUGAAAAUUUAUUUUACACUACGACACCGACAAUCGCAGGUUGUAUCUCAGUCUGAACGCGAACACCGUCAAAUGUCCACCCGUGCAAAUGUGUUCAAAUAUAAAAGGACAGUAGCUUUGUCAGUCUGGAUUUACUUAAUAUUGAAAUUGUGCUAUCUUCCAUUUGUUGUGGUUCAAAUAGUAAGAGCUUUGUAUGGUGAUAGUAUCUCUAUUGUUAUCGCAGAAGGAGUUACCACUUCUAUGAUGUACCAUAAUUCCACAAUCAUAACCCACCGAUUUAUUGUUGGAGCAUGA